AUGAAGCGAGUUUUACAAUUUAUGAAUGCUAUAUUUGUUUGUCUGUUGAUCUCUGAUUCACUGCAAAUGGCAAUCGAUAUGGAAAAGUUUGAUCCAUACGAAUGGAUUGGAUUGAUUUGUGAGUUAUAG